AUGUCCACAAUUCAUAUAGCCGGAGAGCGCAUACCCGUGACAGCCACUUACCCAGAGAUUAACGUUUCAGCCGUCUUGGAAUUUGCACCAUUCAAGGAAUGGGCUGAUGCAAUGUCCAGCGAAAAAAGUCAAUCGGCAGAAAGGAAUAAUUUGGAGAUUAAAAAGAUCGAGAUACAGAACGUUGACUAUUUUGGCUCGAAAAUUGGAUUUGUAAAGUUCAAAGUGGAUGCGAGACUAGUUGAUAAUGGAAAGAACGUUCCCGGAAUUAUAUUCAUGGUUCGUGGAGGAUCGGUUGCCGUUCUCCUAAUCCUUAAAUCUAAAGAUGGUGACAACGUGACGGAAGAGCAUGCUGUUCUUACUAGCCAAGCGCGUCUCGCUGUCCCUUCACUAUCAUUUCAAGAAAUUCCUGCAGGAAUGCUUGAUGGAUCAGGAAAUUUCUGCGGAAAGGCCGCAGAGGAAAUAAAAGAAGAAACGGGUAUCGAAAUAACAGAAAACGAUCUCAUAGAUAUGACGGAUCUAACCCAUGGCACCGCAUUCCGCGGCGUCUAUCCAUCACCAGGCGGGUGUGAUGAAUUUAUGCGGUUAUGUUUAUGUGUUAAAGAAAUGAAACGAGAAGAUGUUCUGAAAUUAGAAGGAAAAUUGAGCGGGAUGCGAGACCAUGGAGAGAGCAUUACUGUUAGAUUAGUAAAAUUGGAUGAUCUAUGGAAAAUACCGGAUAUGAAAGCAUUGUCAGCUUUGGCUUUGUAUCACGCGUUGAGAAAGGAAGGGAAGAUAUAA